GCCCGCUUUUGAAAUACAUUCAACCGUAAUUUUAGUUUAGUUCAAAGCAAAAAGAUACGCGGCGGGAUUUGAUACAUUUAUUUUUGUUUAAAGAAACUAGAAAAAACUGAAAUUAUGUCGAACAAAUAUAAUAGCGCGAUUGAAGAAAUGCAAAUAAUAACAAAGGAUUAUGUAGUAACGUUAACAGAUAUAUGGAGCACAAUGUUCGAUGAUGAAUCCUGUAAAGAGAAUUUAAAUAAAUUACUUGAACAUGCUAGUCAUUUCUAUCAAGAGUUGGUUGAACAAUCUUUGACAAGGCGCUCGUGUAUUGAAAAAGAGAUUAACGAGUUGAAAAGAGAGGCUGAAGAUAUAAAACGUUUGUUAAAAGUGGAGGUAAAUGUGCCGCAUAGAAUAAGCGAUACAACACCAUUAAUGGUAAUUCAAUACGAAUUGGACCGCAGUCUUGAGGACUUACGCCAGCAAUUGCUAGAGAGGCGCGCACAAAUUUCUCAAUUGCUCGAAGAACAAGCACUUUUAUGUGAUGAGCUUGGCGAACCAGAGCGUCCUCUACUUUCUGACCCAUUGCCUACGCCCUCCGAAAUAGAAGAUUUUCGGAGGCAUGUAGAAAAUUUGCACAAUGAAAAACAAAAACUUGAGAAGAAGCUCUUUACUAUGCGACGUGAUAUAAAGAAAUUUCUAGAUAUCUUGAAUUUUAAAUUACGUACGGAAAUGGAAAAAAAUUUGUUGCAUUCACGCCAUAUCAAACUAAACCAAGAGACGUUUGAAAACUUGCAGCACAUGUAUGAUUUGUAUGGCGGCCAAGUACAGGGGUUGAAGGAAAAUAUAGACGACAUGCGCAAGAAACUCGAUACUUUAUGGGAACGUUUAAGAACAUCGCCAAACACACGAUCAAAAUUUCAACAAUAUACCGAUUACAACCAAUUUACGUACGAUAUCAUAUACAGCGAACUGCUACGUUGUGAGACACUAAAGAGUCAAAAUAUUAAAACGUAUGUGGAACAAUUGCGGAAUGAAAUACGCGAGUGGUGGGAUAAAACUUUGAAGUCAGACUUGCAACGGAGCCGCUUUUCGCAUUUUCAAAGUACUUGUUAUACCGACGAUCUAUUAGUGUUGCACGAAUUAGAAUUAGAUGAUUUGAAACUAUAUUAUGAAAAUAAUCGUCAAUUGUUUGAAUUGUAUGCAGACCGUAAUAUUUUGUGGGAUCGCAUGCAAGCUUUGGAAGCUAAAGCUUCUGAACCGGGACGUUACAAUAACCGUGGCGGUCAAUUGCUAAAGGAGGAAAAGGAACGCAAAACUAUAGCUACUAAGUUGCCUAAAAUUGAGCAACAAAUACAACAGUUUGUGCAGAUGUAUGAAGAAAGGGAGCAUGCUCCCUUUUUAGUCUACGGUGAAAAUAUAGUCGACGUCAUGAAUUACCAGUGGGAGCAAAAACGUCUUAAAAAGGAGAAGUUAUCCUCAGCUCGUAAGAUUGCUAGUAAAUCACGGGUAAUUCAAAGCAAUGCUAGCAACGCUAUGGGCACCAAUAGCAUUACUAAGCGUACACCGAUGACUUUAAAAAAUGCCAGCUCUACGUUGUCGCUACGUAAAACGCCAUCAACUGUGGAUUUAACGGGCGUCUUCAGCAGCCAGAAGCGUAAACUGAAUCCAGCUGAAAAGGUAACACCUUUCGCCAAGCGUAGUCUAAUUGGAGCAUUUAAUAGUCCAAGUAUUUUCAUAAAACCCAGCAGCAGCGGCAAGAUUACUAAUAACAUCGGUAAAGCUAUUAAGAUUCCAACUAAAUUAAAGUCACCAUUGAAGAAGAAUCGCGUAAUAGGAACUACUAUUCGACGGCAGAGCGGGCGACGAAGCGUAAAUUUGAAAAAACGUCGCUCCAUUAAUAGUAAUUCCGGCCAGAAAGCUAAACCACCGAAAAUAAUUGUUACUGAAUAUACUACCGAUGACAGCAAUGGCGCUGACACCGACGGCGACACUUACGAUUCGUUUGAAAAAUGCAUCGAACCAAGAUCGAGAUCAUCUACUUUACAAUCAUCCAUCGCCAGCACAAGUAUCACCAGCGCUAAUCGGACUGCGCGUAUUAAACGGAUGCAGAAAUUGGCCAACGAUGAAAAUGUGCGACUUCAUAAACAACAGAGCAAUAGACGUGUGACCCCAAGUAAGCUCCAAAACAUGACACACAGUGCGUCCGUCAGCUUGACGCGAACUGCAAUCCAUGAAGGUGCUGCUGCUGCUAGAAGUGGACAACGUUCGCCAGCCAUUUGCAGCUCCAAUCGCAAGUUGGUCACUAAGAAUUUACCAAUACUUAUUUAAAGUGAAUGUAAAUUUUUCUUUUAUUACUUAUAUUUUCACUGCAAUUGUUUUGUUUCUCUCUGUCUAAAUAAGAUCAGUUUUAUGUUGUGUCUUUCGAGUCAAACUUUAUUUUUAUUGGGAUCUUUGGACCGAUUUUUGGAUGACUUUAUCAAUAAGCUUUUUGCUAAUUUAAGUUUUUAAAAAACAUCUUGUUAUAUUUUCUUCUUUUUUUUUGUAAACUAUAAUAUUUGAU